AUGCCUGCGAGCGGCGAGACGGCCAUAGGCAUCGAUUUAGGCACAACGUACAGCUGCGUGGGCGUGUGGCAGCAUGACCGGGUUGAGAUUAUAGCGAAUGACCAGGGGAACCGCACCACGCCCUCGUUUGUAGCAUUCACUGACACGGAGAGGCUGAUUGGCGACGCUGCUAAGAACCAAGUUGCUAUGAACCCCACCAACACGGUUUUCGGUAAAACACAGCAUAAGGCC